AUGGAGGAAGUGGUUGUGAUUGUAGGAGCAGGUCCAGCAGGCCUUGCGACUUCUGCAUGCCUGAAUCAUCUCUCAAUUUCCAACAUUGUUCUUGAAAAAGAAGAUUGUUGUGGCUCUCUGUGGAAGAAGAGAACAUAUGAUCGACUGAAUCUCCAUCUAUAUAAGAAGUUCUGCUCCUUGCCUUUUAAGCCACACCCACCAGAAAGUCCCGCAUUCAUGUCUAAAGCUGCAUUCAUCCAAUACUUGGAUGACUAUGCUUCAUCUUUCAACAUAAGCCCCCGGUACUGUCGUUCUGUCGAAUCAGCUGUUUUUGUGGAAGGUGAUCAGAAAUGGCGUAUUGAAGCAAAAAACACCAUGUCAGGGGAAAUGGAAGUUUAUGUUUCAAAGUUCUUAGUUAUCGCCACAGGUGAGAAUGGUGAAGGUUAUGUCCCUCCACUGCCUGGCUUAUAUAGCUUUGGAGGAGAAGUUCUUCACUCAAGCAACUAUAAGUCGGCAGUGGGUUAUGAAGCAAAGGAAGUUUUGGUAGUCGGCUGUGGUAAUUCAGGUAUGGAGAUUGCCUAUGAUCUCUCAAACAUUGGAGCCCACGCUUCAAUUGUUGUGAGGAACCCGAACAUCAAUCUACCUUGUUAUGAACAGAAAAUGUUCAACUCUUUUUCUUCUGCAUUUUAUGACAGAUGA